AAGAAGAAACCAUGAAGUGGCUUCUGCUUCUGGGCUUGGUAGCACUCUCCUAUUGCAAGGUGACCAAAGUACCCCUGAAGAAGGUGAAAUCCUUGAGGCAAAACCUGAAAGAACAUGGGCUGCUGGAAGAAUUCCUGGCGAAACAUCCUUACAACUUGGGCUCAAAGUACUUCCCUGAACUAGCUGGCGCGUAUGAUGCUGAGCCCUUGCAAAAUUACAUGGAUCUUGAGUACAUAGGUACCAUCUCCAUUGGUACUCCACAACAGGAAUUCGUAGUCCUCUUUGAUACUGGCUCUUCCAACUUGUGGGUCCCUUCUGUGUACUGCUCCAGUGAAGCCUGCUCGAACCACCGCCGCUUCAAUCCUCAACAGUCCUCCACCUACCAGGCCACAAGCCAGAGUGUCUCCAUCACUUAUGGCACUGGGAGCAUGACUGGAAUCCUAGGCUAUGACACCGUCCAGGUUGGAACUAUUCAGGUCACCAACCAGAUCUUUGGCCUAAGUGAGACUGAGCCCGGCACCUUCCUUUAUUAUUCUCCCUUCGAUGGCAUCCUGGGUUUGGCUUUUCCCAGCAUUGCCUCCUCUGGUGCAACUCCUGUCUUUGACAACAUGAUGAGUGAGGGCUUGGUGUCUCAGGAUCUCUUUUCUGUCUACCUGAGCAGCAAUGACCAGAGUGGGAGCUUUGUCAUGUUUGGCGGUUACGACUCCAGCUAUGCUGGGAACCUCAACUGGGUGCCUCUCUCUGCCGAGUCCUACUGGCAGAUCACUGUGGACAGCAUCACGAUGAACGGCCAGAGUAUUGCUUGCUCCGGCGGCUGCGAAGCUAUUGUUGAUACUGGCACCUCCAUGUUGGCUGGUCCCCCCAGCUGUAUCGCCAAUAUUCAGAACAGCAUUGGUGCCAGCCAGGCCUCCAAUGGCGAGUAUAUGAUCAGCUGCAGUGCCAUGAAUAGCCUGCCUGACAUUAUCUUCACCAUCAAUGGCAUUGAGUUCCCUCUGCCUGCCAGUGCCUACGUUAUCCAGGGCCAAAGCUACUGCACAACUGGCUUUGAGGGCAUCGACAUCCCCACUCAGUCUGGAGAGCUCUGGAUCCUUGGAGAUGUCUUCAUCCGUCAGUACUAUGUUGUCUUUGACAGAGCAAACAACCAAGUCGGCAUGGCAUCCUUGGCAUGAACGUA